AUGCCGCAGACCUUCACACUCACAAAGUACGGCUGGCUCGUCUGCACAUGGGUGCUGAUCGCGUCGUUCCAGUAUGGCUACCACAUCUCCGUGCUGAACCAGAUUCAGGCUGUCCUGUCCUGUCGAGUAGUCGAUACUGAAGGCUACGCGUACGGUCUGCCAACAUGUAUACCGAUGACCGACGCCGGGUUUUCCGUCGUCACUUCCGUCUACACUCUCGGAGGUCUACUGGGCAGUCUCGGUGCGAACCGUCUGCAGGAUAAACUCGGUCGCAAGGGCGCCCUGCGUAUAUCUGGCUUCUUCCUUGCCGUCGGGUCUGGGUUCAUGACUAUCGCCGCUCAGUACUACGUUCUUGUUCUCGGGCGGCUUUUGACGGGUGUCGGCGCGGGCAUUGGUCUCUGCGUUGGCCCUAUCUUUCUCUCGGAGAUCGCGCCGCCGAAGAUUCGCGGUAGCGUUGGUGUACUAACACAGUUCGCCAUCGUCAUCGGCCUCAUGAUAACCCAAGCCAUCGGUCUCAAACUCGCCGAACCAAAGAGAUGGCGCGCCGUCCUACUCAUCUCUUGUGCCCUGUCCAUCGCACAGAUCCUACUCAGUCCCGCAAUUUCUGAGACGCCUGAGUGGCUUAAGCAGAACAAGAUGGCUGAUCUGGCUCGCAAGGCGGAGAAUCGGCUUUGGAAGUUCAAUAAGAGCGUCGCUGCGGGUACUGAAGACGCAGAGGACCCGCUCCUCGGAAGCGAAGGUCAGACGGAAGAGAGCGAAGCUGAUCUGCGUCUUGAGCGCGAAGACACGGUAUCAAUGCGACAGGUGUUCAGCAUGUCGAAGUACCGUCGUCCGCUGGUCGUCGUGUGUUCUGCUAUGAUCUCUCAACAAGUGUCUGGUGUCAAUGCGGUUCUCUACUACAGCAACGAUAUCCUAGGGCGUGCUCUGCCUGAUCUCGGCCCUUACGUCUCUCUGGGCAUCACAGUCGUGAACGUGAUCAUGACUUUUGCGCCAAUCAUCCUCAUCGAGCGUAUGGGCCGCAAGCAACUGCUAUCCAUCUCAAUCGGCGGCAUCCUCGUCUCACUAUGCCUUGUCGGCGUCGGUCUGAACACGAGCACGGUCGCCCUUUCAAGUGUGGCGAUCAUGACUUUCAUCAUGUCGUUCGCGAUAGGCCUUGGCCCUGUACCGUUCGUUAUGAUCCCAGAGGUAUCACCAACCGAAGCCGUUUCCGCUCUCUCCUCGACAGCGCUCUCCCUCAACUGGGUAGCGAACUUCUUCGUCGGCCUGGCAUUCUUGCCUCUGCGCAACUUGCUCUCCGGUGGAAACCCGGACAAGGAAGGCCUCGUGUUCUUCGUGUUCGCCGCAUUCCUCACCGUAUCGGCUGCCGUACUUUAUCGCGCGUACCGUCCAUAA